UUUCAGCAUAUUUUUUUUGCAUUUUUUUUCGCACUUGAUCUGCCAUAAAAAAAGCAAUCGUUGUGGUUUUUGUUGCGGUAUUUUUAUUUUUAAAUAAAAAAGAUAAAGUGUUUUUGCAAUGGUAGCAGAUAAUGAAGACUCAGUUACACCGCCAACUGAGGGGAAAGCCACAUCGGCAAAAGCUGCAAAAAAGCAAGCCAAAGAAGCAUUAAAAGCAGCUAAAAAAGCCGAGUAUAAAGCAGCUGCUAGCCAAGCAGCCAAUAAUGCAGGGGAUAAUUCGGAGGAUAGUUCCAAGGGCCGUUAUGGAAUCGCCGAGGUUAUUAUGUCAAAAGACAAAUAUGAAGACAGACAUUUUGUGGCCAUUGCAAAUUUGGCUCAAUAUAUUGGCAAAUCCGCAAUAUGGUUAAGAGGUCGGGUCCAUACUUCAAGAGCCAAAGGAAAACAAUGUUUCCUCAUUUUGCGUCAACAAAGUAGUACGGUACAGUGCAUUUUAUCUGUGGGUGGUGAUACAUCCAAACAAAUGGUGAAAUUUGCCGGCAAUAUACACAAGGAGAGCAUUGUUGAUAUUCAAGGUAAAGCUGUGGCAGUGCCGAGUAAAAUAGAAUCUUGUACCGAGCAAAAUUUGGAAUUGGCUGUACAACAACUAUUCGUGGUGUCACAAGCUAAAGCGCAGUUGCCAUUGCAAAUAGAAGAUGCUUCACGUCCAGACAAUCUAGAUGACACUGAUGCUCUUACUACACGUGUAAAUCAAGAUACGCGCUUAGACAACCGUGUUUUAGAUUUGCGGACACCAGCAAAUCAGGCCAUAUUUCGACUCGAAGCGGGUGUUUGUCGCCUCUUUCGAGAUAUACUUACGGAAAAAGGAUUUACUGAAAUCCAUACACCCAAAAUUAUUUCAGCAGCUAGUGAGGGAGGGGCCAAUGUCUUCACUGUUAGCUAUUUUAAGGAUUCGGCUUAUUUGGCUCAGUCUCCUCAAUUAUAUAAACAAAUGGCAAUUGCCGCUGACUUCGACAAAGUCUUCACUGUGGGUGCUGUAUUCCGUGCAGAAGAUUCUAAUACCCAUCGUCACUUAACUGAAUUUGUUGGUCUUGAUUUGGAGAUGGCUUUCAAAUACCACUAUCAUGAAGUGCUUUAUACCAUCGGUGACACUUUCACUGCCAUGUUCAAAGGGCUGCGUGAUCUUUAUGCACUUGAAAUCGAAGCAGUGCGACAGCAAUUCAACGUAGAGCCAUUCAAAUUUUUGGAGCCUUCCUUGGUUUUAAAAUUCUCGGAUGGUGUUGCUAUGUUACGCGAAGCUGGCAUCGAGACGGGCGACGAAGAAGACUUGUCCACUCCUAAUGAAAAGAUGCUUGGUCGUUUGGUUAAGGCUAAAUAUGACACUGAUUUUUACAUAUUGGAUAAAUUUCCUUUAGCCAUACGUCCCUUCUACACAAUGCCUGAUCCUAAUAAUCCCGUUUAUUCCAAUUCUUAUGAUAUGUUUAUGCGUGGCGAAGAAAUCCUCUCUGGAGCUCAGCGUAUACAUGACGCUGAAUUCUUGACAGAACGAGCUAAACACCAUGGCAUAGAUAUUAAUAAAAUUGCGGCCUACAUUGAAUCGUUCCGGUUUGGCUGUCCACCUCACGCGGGCGGAGGUAUUGGUUUGGAGCGUGUUGUUAUGUUAUACUUGGGUCUUGAUAAUAUACGAAAAACUUCGAUGUUCCCACGCGAUCCUAAGCGCUUAACACCUUAAAUUUUGUUGCUUUUUUUAAAACUGAACGAUUUAACCCUGUUUUUUUGUAUUCACUAAAAUUUUGUACUCUAUAUGCUGAUUAGUGGCUUCAU